CAGGAACGUGGGUGCAGCAGCAGGUAGGAAUGGUGGAAAUCAGGAUGCAGACCGGGAAAGGACACAGGAGUUGGAUGCGGCAGCAGGCAGGUAUGGCGGUAACCAGGAUGCAGGCCAGGUGCAGGACCGUGUGUGCAGCAGCAGGUAAGUAUGGCAGCAAUCAGGAAACAGGCAAGGUGCAGCAGAGUCAGACAAGCUGGGUCAGGAUCAAACGAGCAAAUGAAGUACAAGGGAGCAGGCAAGCGGAUAGUCAGAGAUAAGCCAGGGUUGGUGCAGGUGGAGUUCUUUCUUAGUCAGAGUCAGAUCAGAUAUAGGCAACAGGAUCAGGUUAUGGAGUGCAGAAUGUU